UGCUGCUGCGCGACUCCGACUGAUCUUUUUGAAGGAUGGCGAACUCUCAUAGACCCACCACCGAAAUUGCUCACGUCUACAGGGGAACAUUCAUCCACUCGACGCAGCAAACAGCGCUGCAGAUCCUGCAAGAUGAGCUCCUGGGGGUGGAUACAGAUGGAAAAAUUGCUUUCAUUGGGAGAGGCACAGAACUCGACAGACUGUCUCAGACCUUUGGAUUCAGUCCGUCUGAAGUCACACAGCUGCAACAACAUGAGUUCUUCAUGCCAGGACUGGUGGACACCCACAUCCAUGCAUCCCAGUACAGCUACGCUGGCACAGCCCUGGACAUGCCCCUACUGCAGUGGCUCAAUACCUACACCUUUCCUGUAGAGUCACACUUCAAGGACUUGGAGUUUGCCCACAGGGUCUACUCUCAAGUAGUGAAAAGGACCCUGAGAAACGGAACAACCACUGCAUGUUACUUUGCUACCAUACAUACAGAUGCCUCGCUGCUGUUGGGCCAGAUUGCAAAUGACUUUGGACAGCGUGCCUUGGUGGGCAAAGUGUGUAUGGACAGGAACAACUCUGUGAAACAUUACAAAGAGACCAAUCAGGAGUCUCAGGAGGAAACCUGUCGGUUCAUCGCAGAGCUCUUGAACAAAAAGUACCCUCUGGUAAGGCCAGUGGUGACUCCCCGCUUCGCUCUAUCCUGCACAGGAGCCUUGCUAGGACAGCUGGGAGCAAUCGCUAAGAAUAACAACCUGCACAUUCAGAGUCACAUCAGUGAAAAUGUCGAGGAAAUCAAGCUUGUGAAGGAGCUGUUUCCUGAGUCAGAGUCUUAUACAGACGUUUAUCACAAAUACAACCUGCUCACUGACAAGACAGUGAUGGCCCAUGGCUGCUACCUCAGCGAUGAAGAAUUGGCUCUGUUCAGGGAGACAGGAGCUUCUUUGUCUCACUGUCCCAGUUCCAACAUUUCGUUGUGCAGCGGAAUGUUGGAUGUCCGCAACGUCCUGAAACACAAAGUGAAGUUGGGGCUGGGAACAGAUGUGGCGGGGGGCUACUCUGCCUCUAUGCUGGACGCUAUAAGAAAAGCUCUGGACACAUCUAAAGUCUUGACCAUUCAGAACCCAGAGAAUGACACGCUUACCUUUGAGGAGGUGUUCAGACUGGCCACACUGGGAGGCAGCCAAGCUUUGUCCCUGGAUGACCAGACAGGGAACUUUGAGGUGGGCAAAGACUUUGAUGCCCUGAGGGUGAAUGUAGCUGCUCCUGGUGGACCCAUUGACAUGAUCCAGUGUGAGGAACCAAAGAUUAUUUUGGAAAAGUUCCUGAAUUUGGGUGAUGAUCGUAACAUAGUGGAGGUAUUUGUGGCUGGGAGAAGGGUGGUACCAUUCGCAGAGCCAACAACAGAGUAAACUCAAGGCCCUGGGAACGUCAGUUUGAAGAUGAUGUCAACUACCAAAAUACAUGUACAUCUGAGAGAUAUAAUAUGUGCAGCACAAGAAUGAUCAGCUGGUAACACUGUAAGUAAAAAAUGAAUCAUCACCAUAAGCAUCCAUGCAUCCAUCUAUUUUCUAUCUUACCCGUGGCUGGGUCAUAGGGACCAUAAACAUUUUACUGUUAAAUCCAGAUGACAGAAUAUGUGACAUACUAUUUAUAAGGUUCAGUGAGGGUCAAAUAAGACUGUGAUCAGCUGAGCUCAAAUCCAGUCCAUCUUUUAAGUCUUUAAGAGAAAUUACUGGACUUUAAAACAUGAAAUAAGGGACUUAUUAAGUGCUGUGAACAUUGUACUAUCUGCCGACAGCACUUUGCUGAUUAACAAGUCAUUUUUUUGUUUAUAUACACGUUGUAGAUGUUUUGUUAUAUUUAGCUAAACUGCUAACUUAAAGGGUGCCUACUACACUCAUUUUCAGUUUCAUAGUUGUAAUUUUGGGUUUUACUAGAACAUGUUUGCAUUAUUUAAUGUUCAAAAAACACUUUAUUUUCAUACUCAUACUCAUACUGUCCUCCUGAUUAUACCUGUAUUCUCCCUCUGUCUACAAUGCUUCAUUUUAGCGCCUGUCUCUUUAAGCCCCCUCCUCCCCAAAAAGUCCAGUCUGCUCUGAUUGGUCAGUGAUUUUGGGUAUAAAAGUGUAGAUAUGGAAUAUCUGCGCUUUAUUUGUCUCACAGGCCACCAUGAACAGGGCCAGGCUUUGAGGCCAAUUUUACAUAUUGGCCAAAUGUUGAAUUACAACAACUGGGUUAGUCACCUUACACUUACGUUGAGAUAGAGACGCCUAUCUCAACGUAAGUGUAAGGUGAUGUUGAGACGUCUGUAAAUCAGUGGAUACGUUUUUUAGAGCAUCAUAACCUUCGCGAAAUGACUUAUUUCACUGUCUGGAUUUGAUCCACUUGGUCUGAAAACACUGCAGAACAUGCAGAAGAUCUGGGUAAUUUCAUACUGCUGAAAUUGAGCUUUUUUGGCGUCAUGUGAAUGAACGGGGUGCACCUCCAAUGCUGUAUCCAGGUCUCUUAAUACAUCUAUGCCCAAGCCCCCAGGAUCAGAGCUGGGCCAGGAAGCCAAUUUGACUCAGUGGCCAAAUCAUGUAAUUACAACUUCUGGAUCCAUCACUUGAUGCUAUAGGGCUCAUAAAGACUUUUUCCCCAUAGUGUUACAUCAUAAAAGAGACAUAAAUCAGCAGAUAUUUGUUUUUAAAAGUACAUUAACUUCCAAGUAUGAAUAUCCGUCUCCCACGCUGUAUCCAGUUGUCGCUACACAUACAUGUUAUCUCUGCAUUGUUAUUACAGGCGGGGAAUCACUGCAGCUGAGCAAAGCGGCACUUUCUACCAUGACAAAUCCCCAUAAAAGCUUCUAAAACAAAAUCUUAACAACAACAUUCCAAAAUCAGGAAGAAAUUAACAACAUGGGAAACCCAGACUGCAUGUUUCACUGACGCUAGCAUGUAGCUACAUGUAUGUAAUGUUAACACUUGCAGUAGUGUGACUGGAGCAUAUGACCAUGAGGAAAUCUGUCAUGAGUUGAUGUCAGCUUGUCUCAGAAGUGGAAAAAUCAGUUGGAAAUAGAUUUUUUUUUUUAAAAAACACCUCAGGCUUCAGAGCGGUCUGACACUCGUAGGCAUUACUUUUACAUACGUAUACCUCAUUAUUUAAAACUUAAGCCACUUUUAAUAUGCACAUCUGACAUUGUAAAAUUAUAAAUAUGUGACAGAAAAAAGUAAAAGCAUAAUAGGUUCCUCAAGAAAUUUGAACUGGACAAUUAUCUGUAAACUUCAGUGACACAAUGACGUCGGACUUAGGUGCCGUGAGGCCUUGUACUCAGUGUAGUGGCAGUGCCUGACCUGAUUAUCGUCAGUGGCUUGGUGAUGUCAUUUUCAUGCUUGUGUAGCUGGAUAAUGCUUUGUGAUCAGGAGACUAGGAUUAAUUUGAGUUAUAAGUCAUUCAGGUUUUACACGGUACACUCCACUCACAAAGACACAAAAGUAUUUUGCAAUAUUCUCUAAGUUUCAGUGCGACUCACCCAGUGUGGUGUAACUCAUACUGUUGUCUGUUAUUGUCUGUUUGAACAUUUAGAAGUGUUGACACUUUACCUCAGAAUCCAUGCCCUGAUUUGACUUAGUGGAAAAUGAUAUUACACCCAACCUGGUGCCUUAUUACCAGAAUUAUUUUUGAUACAGUUCUGUCAUACUAACCUCAGGUUUGCUCAUUAAUUAAUAGUUUUAUUACUGAGGUUGUUGAUUUUAUGUGUCGCUCUACUAAAAUUAACUCAUGUAUUUAUGUUACCAUUACAUCCUGUUUUAUGAAUGUUAAUAAAUGAAGGGAAAUCAAACAGACUGAUUGCUGAAUGUGUGUUUGUCUGAUAAAUUAGAAUGUAUUUAAGACAAGUUGACUUUUUUACUGCAGUGAAGCCAAUUUCACUCUAUGAUACCAAAUUGUACAUGUCAAAGGUGCUCUUUGUAAUCUUUAAGGUGUCACAUCAUGGAAAUAAAUAAUACUAAGUCUG